AACAACCUCUCAUGGGUUGCCAUGACGACUUUCUCGGCUGCGGACGCCAGGUGGCGUUCGUCCAGUCUGAAGCGCUCGGCGCUCGGCGCUCGGCUGUUGCUGCCUGUUUCCCUCAGGCUGCCCAAGCGACAUGUUAGGAGGGGAGCAGGCGGCGGCGGCGGCUGUGUGUGCGCGGCGGGACCGAGCGAGACGAGGAGGCCGCGCCUACAGGACUAGUAUGGGCUCUUACUGAAGGAGGAAGAAGCCACAGCAACGGGCCCCUCAAGCCGCCGCGGGGGCUGCUGGAAAAGGACGGUGACGGAGAUCAGGGCCGGGACAAGAUGGCAGCAGCAGCGGCCGCAGCGAGCUGAGCAUGCAGAGGGGCCCCGCUUACUGCCUGACAUGUCCGGCACAGACCUGCACGCUGCACCUCCUCCUGCUCUAUGAAGGUAUGGCCUCACAAGUUUUGGUGUACCCACCAUAUGUUUAUCAAACACAGUCAAGUGCCUUUUGUAGUGUGAAGAAACUUAAAAUAGAACCAAGUAGUUGUGUGUACAGCAAGAGAAGCUAUCCACGCACCGACCUGAAUGCUAGACACCUUGGAUUUGCACAUCCAUCCAACAAGAGUAGGGCUCCUUUCCAGACAAAGAAUCCAAUUGACAGACUUCGUCAGCAGACUGCCGCAACCCAACACAGUGCGGUCGCAUCUAAAACCAACACAGGUGCUCCAAGGGAACCAGCAGCGCAGGCGCAGCCAGAUCCGAAAGAGGCACCUACAGUUGGGACACCGGAUUGUGCAUCAGAUUUGCUGGAAACACAUCAGCGAUGUGGAUUGAAGCGUAAGAGUGAAGAGCUGGAAAACCAAGGUGGCACCAUGCAGAUUGUUGAUGAAUUGUCUGUACUGCCUGCCAUGCUGCCAGGCAAUGCAGCAAACCCAGUAACUGUUGUGGCAACCACUGGUGCUUCUAAGCAGAGUGGGGCUAGUGUGGAUGGUGACUAUCAGUUGGUACAACAUGAAGUGUUGUGCUCGGUUAAAAAUACUUAUGAAGUACUGGAUUUUUUGGGUCGGGGAACCUUUGGACAGGUGGUAAAGUGCUGGAAAAGGGGCACAAAUGAGGUGGUGGCAGUGAAGAUCCUAAAAAACCAUCCUUCAUAUGCACGUCAAGGGCAGAUUGAGGUAGGCAUCCUUGCCAGGUUGAGUAGUGAGAACGCUGAUGAGUUCAACUUUGUGCGGGCGUACGAAUGCUUUCAACACCGGAACCACACCUGCUUGGUUUUUGAAAUGUUGGAACAGAAUUUAUAUGACUUUUUGAAGCAAAACAAAUUUAGCCCAUUACCCCUGAAAGUUAUACGGGCCAUCCUUCAGCAGGUGGCUACUGCACUGAAAAAGCUUAAAAGUCUUGGUUUAAUUCAUGCUGACCUCAAACCGGAGAACAUCAUGCUGGUGGAUCCUGUACGGCAACCAUACAGAGUGAAAGUAAUAGACUUUGGCUCUGCUAGCCAUAUAUCAAAGACUGUUUGCUCAACUUAUUUGCAGUCGCGUUACUACAGAGCUCCUGAGAUAAUUUUGGGGUUACCGUUUUGUGAAGCCAUAGACAUGUGGUCACUGGGCUGUGUGAUUGCUGAGCUUUUCCUAGGAUGGCCGCUGUACCCAGGAGCACUGGAGUAUGACCAGAUCCGAUACAUUUCCCAAACUCAAGGGUUGCCGGGAGAUCAUCUGUUAAAUGUGGGUGCAAAAACGUCCAGAUUCUUCUGCCGUGACUCAGAAACCCAAUACCCCAGUUGGAGGUUAAAAACCUUGGAGGAACACGAAGCUGAAACAGGAAUGAAGUCUAAGGAAGCCAGGAAGUAUAUUUUCAACAGUUUGGAUGAUAUAGUGCAUGUGAACAUGGUGAUGGAUCUGGAUGGUAGUGACUUAGUAGCAGAGAAAGCAGAUCGGAGGGAAUUCGUGGGCCUGUUGAAGAAAAUGUUGAUGAUCGAUGCUGAUGCGAGGAUUAGUCCGGCUGAUACCCUGAGCCACUCCUUUGUAACCAUGAAACACCUCCUCGAUUUUCCCCACAGCAACCACGUGAAAUCGUGUUUCCAUAUCAUAGAUGUUUGCAAGUCUCGUCCAAACCUAUCUGACGCAGCUAACCGAAAUAAAACAUCAGUCAUGAGACCGGUCGCCUCAGCUAGUGCAGCUAACCUUUCAGCCGGGUUCACCAAAAUUGGCAAUGUCAGGAGUCAGGCUUUAACAACUUCAGGACACUCAGUUAUACACCAUGGGAUUCCAGUGCAGGCAGGAACUGCUCCGUUUGGUUGUAAUGAUGCUUUUCAGCAGACCCUUAUACUUUGCCCCCCAACCAUACAAGGAAUCCCACCAAAUCACGGCAAACCCACAAGUUAUUCUGUGAGAGUAGAUAACGCUUUACCCCUAGUUACACAGGCUCCAGCCAUUCAGCCCAUACAAAUACGACCAGGUAUCCUGUCUCAGCACACAUGGUCGAAUGGAACACAGCCAAUAUUGGUUCCCACCUGGCAACAGGUGACAACUGUGGCGGCAACUACCACAACCCUGGCCUCUGAUACCAUGGCUGGACCACAGAGACUGGGAGACUGGGGAAAAGUCAUUCAGCAUGGAAACCAUUACAGCUCCAUGAUUCUACAGCCUCUCCUAACCAACCAAAUGGCACUGUCAGCCCCUCAGCCAAUCAGUUUAGGCAUCGCACAUUUGGUGUGGCCUCAGCCUGCUGCUAAUAAAAGGAAUAAAAUCUGUCAAAACAGGAGUAACACAAUUCAGGACGCCAGUGUCCACAGUAAAGCACUUACCUCUCCAAAGAAAUCAAACAGCGCAAAGACCACAGAGUCUGAAAGUUGUUCAUUACCACAGGACAAUCAGUACUUGGAAGAGCACGAGGAAGAAUCUUGUAAGGCGUCUGUAGAGCUGGUCCCAGAUGUGUCAAGUCAACAAAGGCAAGAGAUUGUCAUAGCUGAUUCCCCGAGCCCCACAGGGAGUGUCAUUACUAUUAGCAGUGACACGGAUGAAGAGGAUUCCACACAGACUCACUCACUGAGAGAAUGUAAAGGCAGUCUGGACUGUGAGGCCUGUCAAAGUACUCUGAAUAUUGAUCGUGUUUGUUCAUUGAGUAGUCCAGACAGCACCCUGAGCACCAGCUCUUCAGGGCAGUCCAGCCCCUCUCCCUGCAAAAGACCCAACAGCAUGUCUGAUGAUGAACCCGAGAGUGGGUGUGACACUGUAGAUGGUUCUCCAAGCUCUGAUUCAUCUGGCCAUGACAGCCCAUUUGUUAAAAGCAGCUUUGUAGCAGAUACCAACCAGAAUGCAGAAAAACGGGCAUCGGAGAAAACUGAAAGUAAACCAGCAGUAUGCACGUUAGUGGUCCCACCUAUCAGGAUUGAAAACCGCAAGUUCAAUUCACAUCGGGCUACCAACAAAGAUGCAGCUUGCCAUCCCUUAAUAAAAGGACGUUCAGCCCCAGGAAGAAAAAAUCAUCCCACUGGCCUUGGGAAUCGCCAGCAGAAACUUACAUCAGCAUUCCAACAGCAGCCUCUGAGCUUUAGUCAGAUGCAACAUUUUGGAACAGGACAUCAAGAAUGGAAUGGAAACUAUGGGCACAGGAGACAGCAGGCAUUUAUUGGGCCUACAGUUGCUGGUCAUCAUUUUACCCUUCAGCAUGGAAGCCCAAAUCACAGUGCUGUGCAUGCUCAUCUUGGUGGACAGCCUGCUAUCCUUUCUUAUCCACCCUCUGCUCCGCUGACCACAGCAGCUCCCGUGGCCCACCUCCUUGCAUCGCCGUGUACCUCAAGGCCGAUUUUACAGCAUCCGGCUUACAAUCUCUCUCAUCCCAGCGGCAUCGUUCAUCAGGUCGCGGUGGGCAUCAAUCCCAGGCUUUUACCUUCACCUACCAUGCACCAAACUCAAUACAAACCAAUUUUCCCAUCCCACUCAUACAUCGCUGCCUCCCCAGCCUACACAGGAUUUCCGAUGAGCCCUACGAAACUCAACCAGUAUCCAUACAUGUGAGGAAUCGUUAAAACUUCAAAGGAAGCUCAAAGAUUCAAACACUUGGUUUGAAGCGGAAUGAAACGUAAAAACAAAAAUACAUACAAACAAACAAACAUGGCUUUUGAUAAUGAAAAUAAUCAAAAAUAAUUUGGCCAUGGCACAAGAAAACAAAUAUUUUUUGAAUCAUGUAGACUUGGGUGCAAUUUAAAACAAUCUUGAGCUUUAAGAAAAAAAAAUGAAAAAGAUAAAAAUUCACUUUUAAUGUGUUUUGCACAUUUGGUAUAAAUCGUCUCUGGUCCUGUUCUCCUCUAUUGUAAACUCUUAGACAGGUGACUUACGGGAGCAGAAGUUCACUUUCUCUCCUGCUAUUUUUUUAUACAAUUGCCUUCUAACUAGUGCAAGACACGUCUUUGGGAAGCCAUUCAGCGUACAGGUUUAGCGCAACAAAUGCACAUAAUGUCAGUAAUACGGUAUAAGUCGUGUACGUUGUUUCUGUUCUCGUAUGUCUUGGUGUUUCAGUGUUGGGUCACAUGGCUACUGAGUUGAUGUUCACACUGCAUGUGUCUUUUGCAUGGGCAGAAGAAAAAAAAAAAGUUGCCUAGACCUUGCUAUUCAAUGUCGUCGUCCUAAUAAUCCGCUGCAUUGUAUACUGUUCCCACACAUAGUGCCUUAAAUAUUUGAGGUUGUUAAUGUUACUUAAUAUAUUAAUGUCAAUUUCAGCACUUAAACUUCAGAUCUGCUGAUAUAUAAAUAUCUAUUUUUUUUCGAAUAACUUGAGUAUUUGCUCAACCUAGGGGUUUGUUCAUUCGUUUUGUUUGGUUGUGUGCUACGAUUUUAGGUUUAGGUGCUUUACUUACCAACAGAACAGCAUGUAUUUUUUUCUUAUUUUUUCUUUUUUUAUCUGUGCUGUAGAUUUUAGUGUCUUUAUUUUAAUGAUUUUUUUUCCCCAGAUGAAAUAGAUAUUUAACAAGCGUCAAGUAGCUUGAAACGCUUUUUUUUUUUUCCACUUAGAUUUAACGCUGGCUGCACGUUUUUUCGGUAAUCACACAGACGGAAACUGCAAUAUUGUCUGAUAAGUGGGUUCUUCACUUUUUAUCGUCACUGCGUUUGUCCAAUUGGCUGGAUUUUUUUUUAUUAGUAUGUAUUUACCGGUGUAGUAAGGCAUGGUCGGGUUUACGGGAAAAUAACAUUUUGACCUUUUUUCGGUCUUGGCUGAGGCUGCAGCAUUUUGCUGGGCAAUGUCUUGCAGGCACUUCCAGCACUGAAGAGGUUAACACUACAGCACGUGACGGCGUUGGACAAACCGCACAGUAUUUGAUCUGUCGCAUCGAGAAAUAUUUACUCUAGAAGUUUGAUAAGAUGUGAGGUUUUUAACCUUUUUGUUUUUCUUUUCGUGUGUGCAAUUUUAGCUAUUUUAUGCAUGUGUUUUAAAGCCUCAUUUACAUAAUUAUUUUUGUUUUUUUCGAGUGGUGACUGCUUAUUUAAUACAUUCCGUCAGGGACAUGAAAUUAUGUGCAUAUUUCAAGAUUUUUUUUAUUUUACCAAUUGCGCAUCGUCCAUAUCAAGUUAAUUUAUCCAGCACCAAAGACUUUGGAAAUCAUCCAUUUCUUAAGAUGAAAUGUUAAGGAAAAAAAAAAAAAGAUAUAUAUAUAUAUGAAAUGGUAGCUACAUUUUUUUGCAUAGACCUAAAUUAUACUGUAGUAUAGUGGUGGGCUUUAAGAAAAAUGGUAUUAAGACUAAUGUUUUUAGCUUUGAGCAAGUAAUAAUUCUAUCAUUUAUCUUGAAUGUAUAAUAGAUAAGCUGCUAUAUAUAACAGACGCCACUUUUGAUAGCUGUGAACUUUAGCUUCAUAUCCCGUUUAUACAUAGUCGCCUUACUUCUGUUUUUGGAGUCUAAUUCUAUAUGAAAGUGUAGUGGGGUUUUCUGAUUAUUAUUAUUAUUAUUAUUUUGUAUUACGAUUUACUUUCAUGUUUGGCGUGUCCUUUGUAACUACUGUAUUGUAAAUUAUGGAAACCUAAUGGCAUAUGUUAUUUUUUUGGGUUGUGUGUUUAUGCAUCAGUAUUUUAUCUCCAUAAAUUUUAAGCUCAUUACUGCAUAUAAAUGGGUGUAUUAAUGUAAGUUAAAUUUUUUUUUUUAUGUUUUCAUAUUGCUGUUGUGUAUACUUUUAAAGAAGAAAAAAAUGUACCUUGCAGGCUUGAUUUAACUUUUUAUGAUUUUUUUUUUCUUCAAAUCGGAGCUAUAUAAAGAUAAAUAAGCCAGUGACUGGAACCAUGAGACGUUAUAGGCUGGAGGUAGUUUGGAUGUUUCAUAGCUUUUAUGUCCUGUAACCCAUUAACACCACUAUAUACAGCACUUGCCCUACUGUCCGUAAGCUAGCAUUGCUCUUGAUAGACUCCGUUAACCAUUGCUAGUGUAACCUGGUAAGAGCUGAAUUUACAGGCCUAGCACUGGUUGGUUUUAACACAAGCAGUGUUUUAUUUAAUGAAUGUUUCAACAAAAAUGUGCCUAUAAGACAAUUUUAUAAAACAGAGAGAGAAUUUCAUAUAAAAAUAAAUUUAAAAAAAAGCAGUGUUAAUGAGAAAAAUCUAAAAUGCAGGGUAAAUAUCCAGUUUUACUUUUUUGAUACUGGAUGUGCUGUUUCCCUGCCCAAAAAAAAAAGAAAAGAAAAGAAAUUUCACUAUGCAUAAUGUACUUCACUAACCGAUCCUGUUAUUUUGGUACAGUUAUCACAACCUUGUCUGUAUUAUGACCUUAUUGAUAUGACUUACAGAUGUUGCAAAUAUUAUGCGUGCUUAAAGAGGACAAUGUCACCCGACAAAUAGUUUUUUCCAUCAAAUAACAGUCCUAGAGCACUCUUCAUUUUGUCAUUCCUCCUGGAAAUAUAUCAAUACAUCUGCAAUGCAGAGUAACAACAACGUAGCCUUCUCAGCUUACCCUCUGUGAUUUCCUUGCUGCACGGACCAGGUGUUGAACCCACCUCAGCAAUGCAGAAAAACGAAAGAAUGUCAAGCGCAAGGCUCGGGGGAACGUAAAUUUAUUCAAU